AUGCAUACAUACACAGAUAUGUACACCUUUGCGCACCGUCUUCAUACUCCCCGUAGUGUACAAAGUGAGUGCGCAUCGACGUGCAGGGCAAGGUUACUGUCAAGAGUACCACCCAUCUGGAGAGGUACAUAUCCUACCAACAGAAUGGCACUCACGGCUCAACCAUCGGCUCCAGCGGGCUGGGAACGUUGGCCCCAGCACCAUCCCAGCAACGACUAUGUUAUGAUGGACGCCGAUGUUAUGCCUUACAACGCACGGCCUAUGACCACAGCGCCGAUGCAACAACGGCCUUCCUUGGUUCCCCACUACAUGCCGACUACAUCGAUGAGCACGGCUUCCAUCAACAGCAUCAGCGCGCCAGCGCAUUAUCAGUCGCCUGUGUCCUAUGGCGGAGGGUAUCCGGCUUACCCAUUGCCUACGCCUACUACCAUGAACUCUUCGUACAACAAGCAUCAACAAUACCAGGAACGACCAUCGUUACACAUGAUCACACCUGAGUUUGAGGAAACUAGGGGACCGCAUCAUAUCAGGAAUGCGAGGCGAUACAGUGAAGAGAGCAGGAGCCCAUCGGAGCGGAGCGAUUCUCAGGGUUCUACAACGGAAACGACCAUCUCGAACCACUCAAGCUGCUCACGAACCAUCACCCCUAACACCCCGGUCAACGGCGCGCCCCAAGUCGAGUUUAGCACUGCUGUGGACAAGCUCAUGAAGGUCAUCCAGUCCAAGAUGAAGGACGCGGACCCCGAGCAGAGCGGUGAUGACAAGGACAUCAAGGCUGAACAGCAAUCAUCCCCCGUUUGUCAGGCAAGAGUGCAGCAACCGGCCGAUAAGCACAAGCGUAAACGAUACGAGUGCCAAAUCGAGGGCUGUAAUAAGAAGUUUUCCCAGAAGACGCACCGCGACACCCAUGUUCGAUCUCACACUGGAGAUAGACCCUAUGUUUGCCCUAUUCCUGGCUGUGGUGGACGGUUCACCCAAGCUGGUAACCUCAAGACACACAAACGUCGUCACACAGGAGAGAGACCCUACCGCUGCGAGGUUUGCGACAAGGGCUUUGUGCAACGCGGAGACGUCAAGGCACACAUGAAGACACAUCUCGGUACAAAGGCCUUCCUCUGCAGACUCGACAACUGUCACAAGCAGUUUACUCAGCGGGGAAAUCUCAAGUAUCACCAAAACAAGUACCACAACGAGACCAUCAAGGCUCUCGCCGCAAGGUUUGAUGCCAUCGAGGACUGGUCGACUGUAUUGAAGGAAGAUAUGGAGAUCUUCAAGGACUUUGCCGAGGUCCACAAGAACAGCAACAAGGGCAUCAAGGGUCGGGGAAAGCAUCGCAAGGUGAAAUCGGUGCCUCUGAGCUCACCCACCAGCCCGACCGGCCACUCGCCGCUUCCCAACAUUAUGGCUUCCCAGUACCCUCUUCCUUCGGCUCCUGGAGUCUCGCAACUUCUUCACACUCCUCAUCCGCUCCAUCCUCCGCUCCAUCACCAGGGUCCUAGUCACUCGGCUAUGUACGGCAUGCCCCGAUCGAGCCUCCAUAGCCAUUACGAAACCUACGAUCACCAUGAAGUCGACACUGUGGCCAGCAGCCGCGCCUCAGUAGCCGAACCAAUUUACCAUCACGAGGAACAUCCCCGGGAGCUUGCCUUCGGCGACCGGAUGUACUAAAAUGCCAGCCAUCAAGAUGGUGAUGCGACUAUUGUUGAGUUUUAAUGUGUACGAAAGGACGAG